AUGGCUGACAAAAUAACAUUACACGCGGCCAUUACCACACGGCACUCGACGCGCGUCUUUCUCCCCAAGCCUGUUCCACGCAGCAUCCUCGACGAGGCACUGGAUCUCGCGAGGUACAGCCCGUCCAAUACCAAUAUCCAACCGUGGCGCCUCUUUGUCUUGGCAGGUCAACCUCUAAAACAGCUCAAGACGGCCGUCUUUGCAGCCGCCAGCGCAACCGAGGAGCCCCUGCGCGCCAUUCCACCGCUGCCAGCGCAUUUGGAACCUCUACGCAAGGCCCUCGGCGCCCAGGUCUACGGCGCGGGCUUUGGUGUCGAGUGGAGCGACAGGAUCGGCCGACGAGAGGCCGUGCUGCGCAUGUUUGAGUUUUUUGACGCACCCGUUGCCGCCGUCGUGUGUGUGGAUGAGGAGCUCGGCCGGCCCGAUGCUCUGAGUGUGGGCAUGUAUCUGCAGACGCUGCUGCUGGCGCUCACGGCGCGAGGGGUCGGAUCUUGCGCCGAGGUCGCGGUCGCUGGGUAUGCCGAUUUGAUCAAACAGGAAGUGUGUAUUCCUGAUAACUUGGCCGUCAUCUGCGGCCUCGCGAUUGGUUAUGAGGACCCUGAACAUGCUGUGAAUAAAAUCCGUCCUGGGCGCCUGCCGGUGAGCGAGACGACGGUCAUGAUUGGCUUUGAGAAUCAAGAGUAA